AUGGCCCUUUUCUUACGAGCUGCCUACUUUGGACCGCCAUCAUCGCUCUCAGAGCCAACUGCGAGAUGGGUGUCUUUAAUACCAGACCAAAUGAAGAAAGGGUGUGUGGUCAUGGGCUUGAUUGUGGACCAGCUGGCGAUGACGAAAGGAAGCUUUAAAACACUCGGUGUUUGCUGCAAGGCAACUGAGGAGGGUGCGAGCCACGAGACAGCAGAUUCCUUGUCCGGACAGCGAGUCACUCUACCAGCCAUCCCGGAAGUUCUGAGAAAGCCAUCUUUCAACACCGACACGGUGCUCACCAGAGCAAAGCUGUCAAAUAUCAAGCAGUUGAGGGUUCUCCAAAGAGAUGUCGAUGUCUCGGAAUCCAACAAGGGGUUGCGCUGGUGUGGGUUAUGGAUUCACCACCACGACGGGACUACCGAGACACUCGGCCUGUGGGAUGACUAUCUGACCAAGAACGCCAGGAUCAUCUACGAUGCUGAGAGGGACGGCCGGCUCAUUCGAAUGCUGUUCCGACUGAGACGCAAAUUGCCUGUGGUGGUAGCACCGUGUGAUGACGCCGAAACCGCCAAACACACCGGAGAUGUUCAAAAGGGGGAUCGCGGUGAAUGUGGCAACAAUACAGGUACUUUUCAUGCUGAUUAA